AUGUCUGAUUUAGAUGAUGAUUUAUUGGCAUUAGCAGGUGCAGGGGACUCGGAAUCCGAAGUGGAAUCUGAAGUUCCUUUGAAGCGUCAAAGUAAGUCUAGUGAUAGCACUGGGUCAUCAAAGAAAAGGCGAGUUGACACUAGUGAUUUAGAAUUUGAUGAUCAAGGUGAAGAAGAAGAUGAUGAUGAAGGUGAUGAAGAGAUCGAGGAAGAGGAAGAUGAUUUGGUGAAUCCUUAUCCCCUUGAAGGUAAAUAUAAGGAUGAAGAAGAUCGUGAGAACUUAUUAGCUAUGGAUGAAAUUCAAAGAGAACAAACAUUGUUCGAAAGAACUCAGGAAAUGGAAAGCUAUAAUGAAAAGAAGUACUUGCAGCAAAGAAUGAAGCAACAACAGCAAGCUACUGGUGGUGCUAAGGCCACAAGAUCUAGUAAUAGGACUAAGCCAACAGGUAAAAGUUCAAAACUUGACAAAUUAAGUGAAUUGAGGAAGCAAAGGGAACAAAAAUCACGUAAAGAAAGUAGAAGAGAUUAUGAUGAUUAUUCCGACGAAGGAGAAGAAGAUGACGAUGAUGAACGGGGCUUUAUUGAGGAUGAUGAAGAUGAAUACGGAUAUGGUGAAGAUGAGGUCGUUUGGGGAUCUGGAACUAGCUCCAAAUUCAAGAAGAGAAGCAAUGAGCGUGCUAAAUUGGAAGAUGUAAAUAGAACUAGAGUGGGGCGUUCUAUUUUACUUAAACAUUGUUUUUACAGUGACUUUACCGAGACUAUAAUCGAUUGCUUUGCUAGAAUUAAUAUUGGUAUGGACAAGAGAACAAAGCAGCCAAUGUAUAGAAUGGUACAAAUAAGUGACGUCAAAAACAUACCUGAAAAGGCAUAUAAUACUCCAAAUUUUAAAUGUGACAUAUAUUUAACAGUGAAUCAAAAUAAAGAACAAAAGAAAGAUUUCCCCAUGAGCAUUUUUUCUGAUUCCCCUAUAUUACCUGAAGAAUUUGACAGAUAUUUGCAUGAAUUGAGCAAGACUGGAGAAGAGAUAUCCUAUCUAGAUGAUGUAAAUGAAAAAUACGAAAGCUUACAAUACUUAUUGAAUAGAGGAGUUUCAGAUAAAGAUGUUAAUGAAAUGAUUGCUAAAAAGCAAAAGUUACAGUCCAACAUUCAAGGCUACGAUGCGGUUUUCCAGAAAACCAGGGUAAUGGACCAAUUAAAGAUUGCCAAACAAGAAAACAACUUAGCUAAAGUUAAAGAGUUGAGUGAUAAAUUACACAAGUUGGAUCAAAUAUUAAUUUCUCAAACCCUGUCGAACAAUAAUUCAGAGUCGUCUAACUCCAUGUCUAAAGUGAACGAAAGAAAUAGAAAAUUGAACUUGUUAAACAUCGAUAGGGUUGAAACCAAGUCAUCUCAACAAAGGAAGUUGGCAGAAUAUGAUGGAGGUGAUCCAUUCUCUAGAUUGAAGACGAAAACCAAGGUGUUCUACCAAGAUUUAAUCAACCAAGAAAAUGAAAAAGCAAUCGAUGAUGCCAAAAUGAACUACGAAACAUUAGUGGCUGAAAAGACAGAGAAGGAAGCAAAAAUUGCUCGCUCAAGCUAUAGAUGUCUAGGAGUCAUGGACAAGUUGAUCAAAGAAAUUGAUCUUGAUUUGGAAAUCAAUAUUUGA